AAUUUUAGCUUAUGAAACUACUAUCGUGAAUGUUUACUGUCGGAUUCAAAUGCAAAUGAAAUGUUAAGACAACGAUUAUUUACAGCUCUAGUAAAUAUACGACCUUUCCUAAAAAAGCGAUGGCUAAGUGAAAUUGCUUUAUCGGAAGAUGAAUAUGAAAAUCUUGCUAACGAAACGUUGGGUAAAUUGGCCGAUUAUUUGGAUUCUUUUCCGGAUAGGUUCAGUUGUGACGGAGAGUACGAUGUAAAUUCGUCUAUGGGUGUCGUUACGGCUAAAAUUAGUCGAAAAAUAGGUGCUUAUGUCAUCAACAAACAAACACCAAAUCGACAAAUUUGGUUGUCUUCACCUUUGUCCGGUCCGAAACGGUUUAAUUUGGUUGAUAAAAAAUGGAUAAGCACUCGCGAUAAUAUAUCACUGGAUGCUUUGCUGAAUAAUGAAUUUCGAAAGAUUUUUCAAACGGAAAAUAUUGAUUUUAGUGAAUAUUUGUAAUUGCUGUUCCGAAUAAGUAGAUGUCUCAUAUCUUUCAGUUUCAUCCGGAAGAAGUUUUAUGGUGCUAAUUGUCUGAAUAUUCUUGCAAAUUACUACCAACUAGAUAAACUACCACUGUUAAAAACUGUAGCUUAAUUUCACUAAGUACACGGCAGACUACCC